AUUGUACAUGUUUUUUUGUUAUUUUUUUAACUCUGCACUAGAAAAGCAUCAAAUCAAGUCACGGACACAGUUGUCGGGACUUGAAUUUCUUCAGGAAAUCUGCUGCACAUUAUUGACAAAAAGCCUUGAUUAGGCCCCCUGAGUUAAAGUCCAAGAUCACAUUGGGACAUUUCUAUAGAAGACAUUUAAAAUGGUUUAGAAAUGUGCUAAUUCUUUUCAAUUUGCUGUUUUCUCAUCAAAGGGCUUGGUCACCAAUCUUACUCUGGGACAAGUCUCCCUCACCGGCUGGACCAUGUACAGUCUCAGCAUCGACGAGGCAGUCAGACAGGGCCUCCUUGGAGAAAAACCUCCCGCCGGGGUAGCUCCAGGUCAGCCUGCGGCUCUGUCACCUCCAGCCUUCUAUAAGGGGACCUUCAUCAUCCCCGACGGGAUUCCUGACCUCCCUCAAGACACUUACAUCAAGCUGCCAGGCUGGAAGAAGGAGCAGAUCUGGAUUAACGGGUUUAAUGUAGGCCGUUAUUGGCCCGCUCGAGGCCCCCAGGUGACAUUUUUGGUUCCUGCCAGCAUCCUGAGCACAGCAGCACCCAACAAUGUGACCGUUCUGGAGCUGGAAGCAGAUCCAUGCAGCUCCCAGAGAUGCACUGUUGAGUUUACAGCCACCCCGAUCCUCAAUGCAACAGUCUUCUCUGAGCACCAACCGCACCAGAAACUGUUCACUAAAGAGGAUUUCCUGUGAGGAUAAGGGAUCUCUCAAUUUGCACCGCAGGACUCAACGCAUGAGCCUCAAAUCAACUGUUGUUUUGUGAAAUGUAUUAGCAUUUGUCCCCCCCCCCCCCCCAAUCUGUGUUACAUGAAUGUCAAUUUAUUUUCUGAUUCUGUUUUUAUAAAAGUGUUGGCACCAUCUUAUUCUAACAUGUUUCUGGAAGCUCCUCUUCUGAUGGGGAUUAUAAGCAAUGGAAGCUGUGGUGUUUCAUAUUUCAGGGAGCAUUUCAUUUUUUUUUUUUUUUUGUAUGAAAACCACAUCAGGGAAAUACAUGUUCAGAUGAGUAAUCCUAUCAUUAAAAACAGCUGUGGGGUGUUCAAAAUUUCACUUUGGCCAAGAUUGUCAAGUUAAAAGUAUUUAAA